AUGACAAAUACAAUAGAUGCAAUAUCAACACAAGGUAACGAACCCAAUGUUUCAUCAUUUUUAUUAAACGAAAAGAUAGAUCACCCAUCCAUCAUGAUGCAAGAUCAUGCUGAAAAGAGGCCGAAGGUAGACAAAAUGGCGAGCUCAGUGGACUUUCAAGAUACAGACAAAGAAGGCAAACCAACGAUCUACUUGUUUAUCUUUGUCAAUCCACUCUCGGGCGACCAAAAGGGAGGCGACUUGGUGGACUUGCCUAUUCAGCAUUUCAGACUGCGUCGAUUUCCUCAAGCCCAAGUCGAGAUCCACAACAUCUUGAACGAUAAGGAUCGAAAUCUCGGUAUAGAGAACAUUCGAUUGGUUCAAUCGAUGGUAGCCUAUGGUAAAGUACCACCUGUAGCUGAAGAUACGACAAAGAUGGACACUAACGCAGAUGUCGGUCAACUCUCUCGUGCUGCACAAUCGAGGCAAAUUCAUGUUUGGAGCGCAGGUGGAGAUGGCACUGUGAUGAGUGUUUUUGAGUUGCUUGUUUCGCACAAGAUUAAUCUUGACCUGAUCUUUUUUUCAUGUAUACCUUUUGGCACAGGUAACGACUUUAGUCAAGUGCUCGGCUGGGGCCGUACCAUUCCGAAAAAGAAUGUCGUUGGUUACAAGUUACAUGCCCUUGAAGAUUUGAUCGCGGAUCGACUCGAAAAAUCAGAAGCGGCAAGACUAGAUAUAUGGCAGGUCACAAUGACUUCAUACCCUUCUGGCUAUGUGCGUGAAGCAGGGCCCAAGGAACGUCGUGAUGGCCAUGACGUGGCUGAAGUGAAGGCGCGCAAUCAGGAACGAAACGAGAUGGUGCGCAAGAUGAGCAACUAUAUGUCUAUCGGUGUUCAGGGCUACGUCGGUAAUGGAUUUGAGGCACAUCGCGCAGGCAAUCGGUUGGCAAAUAUGUUUGUUUAUGCACAAGAGAGUUCCAAAUGGGUGUUUUGGAGAAGAUUUCCUGAUGUGAAUCAGUUCAUUCAGUCUAUUAAUCAAGGAAACCAAGUCCUCCUGGACUGUCCGUUACCAGAUGAAAAAAAAGACAAGAAAAAAUCAAGUGAUGUACCUGAGAUGGUAAAUUGUCCGAUUGAUUUUGUAGUUCAAAAUAUACCACAUAUAUGGGGACGUGAGGUUGAUCUUUGGGGAGAGGCGCAGUCUGGAUUAGAAUCAGUCGUCAACAGAUCUGGUCCUACAGACCCUGCCAACUGGCUACCUCAGCGAGCCAAUGAUGGUCGUUUAGAAGUCAUGACCAUUGAAAACAUGGUGAGUUAUUUGAAGAAAUUGGCCAAUAUCCGCAACCAUGUAUCUCGUAUUGGUCAAUUUGAAACGCCCUUCGCCAUCCAGUUUAGGCCACCCGAGGUGCAUGAAAGCGAGCUUGCAAAAAUGAAAAAGACCAGUUGGACAAAGAAGGCUCAAGCGAUGAUCAAGGAUAAAGCACGACACAAGUACGAAAAGAGAAAUGUGAUAUGUAUUAUGUGUGAUGGCGAGUUUUAUGAGAUCAAAGACCCCAAGACGAUUGAGUUUAAGCUCUACGAUCAGAUCUGGACGUUGGGUCGUAAUGAAGAGGAAAAACAGGGCCGAUUGGUCAAAGAUGAACUUGAUGCAAAGCAAGAUCAACAGUAG